AUGUACGGAUUAUGUAAUGCUAAUCAGUUCUUGUGGGAGACAAUUAUCGCAGCAUGUAAGUGCAUAUGCGAAAUAACCGUCACAGGUGUAAGACUACAUUCAUCACAAGACACGCACAACUUGUUUGGCACCUCAGAAUGGCAGCCUGCCAAGACAGGAGGUAGCAUAGCGUUGAGACACCGAGAAACAAGCGUUAUAAGAUCAACUUGGGGCCAGUCGUCGACAACGCAAGGCCUUGAAAUUACAAAUGAUUCUCACACGAACGACACUAGAUGUAACUUCAAGUGGAAAUAG